GUAUGUGUGUGCGUGUGUGGGUGUGGCUAAGCGCAUCUGUGUACGGAAUCCAGUCCAGUCCUAUCACAAUGCUUGAGUGGUCCCUGAAGGCGCGGCGAGGACUCAAUAGUAAACACGGAGAGAUUAGUGCCGCCCCUUGACACAUCCGGUGACGUGACAGCGAUAACUGGACACGAGGGACACGGGAACACACAGCUUUCGUCAGUACACCUCUGCCCUCACUCGCUCACUCACUCCCCACGCCACCCCACACCACGCAGCCAAGGAAACAACCACUGUCUGUCUUGGGUCUUUAAUCCUUUGUGGUGGUGGGAUAUGAAGGAGCCGGAGUGUGGUUUUCAUGUGUGUGGUGAGUGGGAGGCUCUGAGUGAGUGUGGUGCUGAUGUGACGGCGUGGUAACAAAGUAGUGACGGUUUUGUGGUGCUGUGGUGGUGUGGUGUCCAUGCGUUAAGAUGCGGUGAAGUUGAAAUUCUGGAUGCGCGAGUGAGGGAGUGAUGUGCCGUGGUGUUGUUGCGGAGAUUGCGGUGACGGUGUUGUGGUGACGGUGUUGUGGUGAUGGUGUUGUGUACUGCCCAUGGAAAUCCACAUACAUGGCGUUACACGAACCUCCACAGCACGCAGGAUCCGGGAAAUGCCAUUAGCCUGACCCGUGACACCCUGCUGACCUUCCCACACACAGCUCAUACACAGAACACCCGCAGCAGCUUCCCUCGCGAGCUUCCAGUCUCGGCGCGGCGGUGGCGGCGGCGAGGCGUGAAGGAAAACGGAUGAUGCAAGAGUUGAUAUGCUAGUCAGGGCGCGGGGACACCGGAGACCAGUGCCAGUGCCAGUGCCGCGGACAAGGCAGUGAGAGGCACCAGCUGUAUCCUUGAACGAGACGGAGCGUGUUGGCGUCUGAGUGUUCGAGUGUUUGAGUAUGUGUCCACGCCAGACUCGCCGUGAAGAGAGACGCGGCAUCGCAGGGAAGACACACUAGCGAACCACAUGCUGAAACACUGCCGCGCCGCAUUUCCACUACAUUCAAAAGCCACUGAGGGUUUCUGAGGGUGCUUUUAUAGUUGUAUGGACAUAUUAACAAGACUUCCACAUUAUCCAAAGGAGAAACUCUCUUGAGAAUCUAGCUAAUCCUCUCUGUGGCAUUUAAAAACAGAUGUGGUGAAGUUACAAGGGUCUUUAAAGGGGUUUUUAUGGUUCUAGUGACAGAUUAACAAGAUUUCUACAUUAUUAAAAGGAGAAACUGUCCCGUGGUGAGAAGGAGAGUGAGAGAGAGCGAAGCGUUUCAGAACACACGCCAGCAUGUCCUUGAACGUGACUGCUGACGGAGGCGAGAGCGGCGACGCAGACAAAAAGCUGCUAAUCUACAUGGCGUUCAGUGUGGCCACGGUGGCGGAGUGCAUGCUGGCGGGGUACCUCACCUUCACCAGCCAGGAACUGAGGCGGAGGCGGGCCACGCUCUUCUCCAGCUGCCUCGUGCUUACUAUUGGCAUCUUCGCGUCCCUGUCCUUGGUGUACGUGCUGGUGCUCCUCACUGUCCAGGGUGUCACGUACCGCUCCCCCGCUGGCUGCCGCGUGAGGGUAGCGCAGCGGUACCUUAGCAUCGUGUCCUGCUUCACUCUCGCGUGUUUGUCGCUAGACCGCUACUUGGCGAUAUGCUGGCCUCUUCGCUACCAGGACCUGCUCACCAAGACCCGCUGCCACCUGCUGUGCGCCGCCUGCUGGGUGCUUCCGGCCGUGCUGCUGGUGGUGCCGUGUAUUCCUGUGCUGGAGACAAUGUGUGAGAACAGCAGGACGGAGAAGCGGCUCUUGCUGGCGUAUGUGGUGGCUUACACACUCGGGGCCUUCGCUACCUUCGUCCUCUACGUGCUGGUGGCCUUGGAAUUUCGCCAGAGCACUUAUUCCUGUGGUGGUGACAGCACACACGCCCCCGAUGACGCGCACGGCAGGGAGGUGGCGGUGGUGCGGCACAGAACAGCCAAGUCUGCCCUCACUGUGCUUAUGCUGUAUACUGUGCUGUCCCUCCCGCACACGCUGCUGCCCGUGGUGGCGAGAAUACAUCCCGGGACAGUCCCAAAAACGGUUCUACAGAUUGGAUACUUGGUUCACCGGUUCCAUUUGCUCCUGUUCUUACCAAUGUACGCUGGAACCAACGCUUUCUUCCUUGCCUCCCUCAGUGCGUGGGGAAAGCUUCUGUGGCGGCGGUUCACCUGCUGGGGCGCCUCCUUCAGAAUGGUGAGGGGGUAGCGAGGAACGAAACCCACGAACCUCACGCCAACAACCACACAGAGGACGAUUUACUCUAACGCAAUAGGAAAAUAAGCGAAAUAUUGCGAAAAAUAAAUACGAACUCACUAUGACAGCAACACUCGUGACGUCAUCAGUGUCGUUGUUCUCAUUGGUCGAGCCGUGACGUCACUCAGGGAAGGUUACAUGACUUCGGAAAGAGAGAGAGAGAGAGAGAGAGAGAGGGGGGGUGGGACAUACGUAAUUAUGGUAAGGAAAUACAAAUGAUAUUCAAUAAAGAUUUAGAAAA